CUCAGAGCCAGCGGGGCCGGCCUUCUCUCCGCUUCUGGCCGGGCUCCAGACGAACCCCACUUUACUGCAGCGCCGGGAGACCGAUUGCCCGGGAAGUCUAAGCCUGCGAGCGAAAGCUGCUCUCUGCAGCUCCUGGGAUCCGCCCUCACCCCUGUCCCCAGAGUAACGAUGGAGCCUGAGCUCCGCACCCUGCCAGCCGCGCACUCUGCCAGCCCCUUCCCCAAGCCUCGGACCCGCCGCAAGCCCCGCCUUCCUCUCCAGGCCCAGGCCUCCCUCCAGGGCCCACCGUCGGGGCUCCCCGCCGACCCCCGAAAUCAGUGCAGAACCCAGAUAGCAGGCUGAGCGACGUCCCAUUCCCUCCUUGGCUUUAAGCGCAGUGCUCCGCCCUGGGCCUGGGGACGGGAGGGGGGUAACUGGCCGGCUCCAAGGGGGCCCAGGUCCCCAUACUCACCAUCCUCCCGCCGAGUCCCUCCUCCUCCUCCUCCUUCUCCUCCUCCUCCUCCUCCUGCCUCCCCCGUUACCAAGGGCAACUGCUGCGGCGCCGCCCCCGACGUCCCUCGCACGCACAGCAGAGGAGUGGAGCAGCAGUACGGGGCGGGGUGCAGCGCCGCUUUCCCCAGAGUGCGCAAGCGCGCCAAGGCGCCCGCCCACUGCGAGGGCGGGCUAGGGGAGCUGCAGAGGCGGCCGCCGGCUAGCUGGGACCUGGGAGUGGAGAAAGGCUGCCCACGUGGCUGGCGGGAGCCUCCAGGCCUGGGAUUGGUCGAAAAGGAGGGGCGUGGGCGGGCAUGGGGGCGGUUCCCCCGCCCAGGUCUCUCCCCAGGCCAGGUUUCUAAGGCGGACUGUAACUGGUGGCAUUUGUCCCGGGACCAGUAUGCCUUGUAAUUUUUCACUGAAAGCUGGACAUGAUGUACCCUGUGAGAGGAACUGAGGGGUCCACAGUUUUAUGUGUGAACAAGAUGGAGGCUGACCUGACUGGCUUUAACAUCGAUGCCCCCCGUUGGGACCAGCGCACCUUCCUGGGGAGAGUGAAGCACUUCCUAAACAUCACGGACCCCCGCACUGUCUUCGUAUCUGAGCAGGAGUUGGACUGGGCCAAGAUGAUGGUGGAGAAGAGCAGGAUGGGGGUUGUGCCCCAAGGCACCCAAGUGGAGCAGCUGCUGUAUGCCAAGAAGCUAUAUGACUCGGCCUUCCACCCCGACACUGGGGAGAAGAUGAAUGUCAUCGGGCGCAUGUCUUUCCAGCUCCCUGGCGGCAUGAUCAUCACGGGCUUCAUGCUCCAGUUCUACAGGACAAUGCCGGCGGUGAUCUUCUGGCAGUGGGUGAACCAGUCCUUCAAUGCCUUAGUCAACUACACCAACAGGAAUGCGGCUUCCCCCAUAUCAGUCAGGCAGAUGACCCUUUCCUACUUCACAGCCACAACCACUGCUGUGGCCACGGCUGUGGGCAUGAACAUGUUGACAAAGAAAGCGCCGCCCUUGGUGGGCCGCUGGGUGCCCUUUGCCGCUGUGGCUGCGGCUAACUGUGUCAAUAUCCCCAUGAUGCGACAGCAGGAGCUCAUCCAGGGAAUCUGCGUGAAGGACAGGAAUGAAAAUGAGAUUGGUUAUUCCCGGAGAGCUGCGGCCAUAGGCAUCACCCAAGUAGUUAUUUCUCGGAUCACCAUGUCAGCUCCUGGGAUGAUCUUGCUGCCAGUCAUCAUGGAAAGGCUUGAGAAACUGCACUUCAUGCAGAAAGUCAAGGUCCUGCACGCCCCAUUGCAGGUCAUGCUGUGUGGGUACUUCCUCAUCUUUAUGGUGCCAGUGGCGUGUGGGCUCUUCCCACAGAAAUGUGAAUUGCCCGUUUCCUAUCUGGAACCAGAGCUCCAAGACACCAUCAAGGCCAAGUAUGGAGAACUGGAGCCUUAUGUCUACUUCAAUAAGGGUCUCUAAAUGCCCCACCUCAGCAAGGACCAGUCUAUUCCCAUAUUCACCAGCUCCUUCUUAGCUACAUGCACACUUGUGUCCUCCUUCCUCUUUGCCAACAAGGCCCGAAAGCCAGGAUAGAUUGGGGGGUGGGACAAUGAAUGCCUCAUGCUUACACCCUAGUACUGGUUGAUUGGACCUCAGGGGAAAAAAGUGAAAAAGGGUAGCAAAGGCCAGUGUCUUCUAGCUGCUUCCUCCUUAACCCCUGUCCCCUGGAAACCAGAAGCUGAGGCCCUCUCAGGGAGGAGACACCAAGCAAAUCAUUUGGAAAAGUUAGGAAACCUUUAGGAUUCUGGUUCCAGCCAGGAUUGAGGAAAAGACCUUGGAUCAAAAGGAAGCUCCUAUAUCUCUUUCUUCUUCACUUCUCCUCUUCCGAGCAAGGGAACCUUUUAAUCAUGUAAUUCUAGCCGAACUCAGGAAAAAGAAGGGGGAAAGGACUCUGUCCCCUUGGGGCUCAUCUCCACCCUUCCCCAUCCUCCUCCUCGUUGGCCCCUGGUCAGACAGCUUUUUUUUUUUUUCCCCCGAGAUGGAGUCUUGCUCUGUCCAGGAUGGAGUGUAGUGGCAUGAUCUCAGCUCACUGCAACCUCUGCCUCCUGGGUUCAAGCGAUUUUCCUGCCUCAACCUCUCAAGUAACUGGGAUUACAGGGCACCCGCCACCACGCCCGGCUAAUUUUUGUAUUUUAGUAGAGAUGGGGUUUCACCAUGUUGGCCAGGCUGGUCUCGAACUCCUGACCUCAGGUGAUCCGCCCGCCUUGGCCUCCCAAAGUGCUGGGAUUACAGGCAUGAGCCAUGCACCCAGCCCGUACCGCUUUUUUGGGAAUGCUGCUAACCUUGAAAUGAUCAGACACCUAGGAGUUAUUAGUGCUAAAAAGGGGACCGCGCAAGGCAGCAGAGUUACAUGGUUCUUCAAAUCAUGUCUGAAUCUAUUCUUGGAAUCUUCUGUAUAAUAAGGGAAGUUCUCUUUCCCCACUGCCACAUAUGUCUGUUUUAAAAGAUAAGUCCACUAACUGUGUGUAAAAAUGAUAUAUGUAGGCAUUAACCAUACACUUUAAUGGGUAUAAUUUCCUGCCUGCUUCCCUUCCUCAGCCCAGUAGGUUAAACAGCAAAGAAAGACUGGUGUGUACUGAAUAGGAAAGGGAAGUUUUAUUUGGAACCUUCUGAGAGGAAAUCAACCAGGACCAAAAAGCCUUAAAGGACACAGAGCAAAGCACAGCCACUUCCCUUCCCCAGCUUGACUGCCCUAGGUGAUUUCUCAAGCUCCUUGGGGGACUGUUGUUUCUCAUCUGGAAUCAAUGUGUAUAUGAGUUUUGUCUGGUAGGAUUGCUCUCUCUGUCCAAACGAUAUCACUGUGAACUGAAUAAAUUUGUUGAAAGAGCACAUAGGCACACACACACA